UUGAAUUCGUGAACCCGAAAUACGAGCGAACACCACGUAAUUUUGGAACUAUCAUGAGUCCGGUGCCGGACCGAUUUGAAAAGCGGACGUAUGAGGCUUUUUCUGAAACAGGCAGAUUAAGCUCAUAAUCGCCAAGAGCGGAAGCGGUAGCAGAAGUGGGUUUAACUAUUGCUGUUGUUACUAUUAUUUUCUGCUGAACAGCCAGCCCAAGUCAGUUACACCAUUGUCAUUGUUUCAAUCCUUGAGCCUUGUCAGAGAUUGAAAUAUGUGUCCAAAUCAAUUUUAUAUGUCCCACUUGUUGUUUGGUUUUCUUUAGGAUACAAAUAGAUAUGACAGUUUCUUUUUUUUUUUCUUUCCCGAGGUCAACUUGUUCCUCUUCUCAACAAUCGCCAUUAAUCAUGCAUUGAGUCUUACAGAAGAAAGUCAACCUUAUCAGUCUGACCCACCACAUUCUGCGCUUAAAUUUUCCAUCUUUCUCACUUCGACUCCUAAUGACAAGCUUCAGUUGACGAUUUCUCAAAUCACAAACGUGAGUUUGGUGGAAAGAAGUAUUGCAUUUUCUUUCUUCCUUCGAAGUUCUCCUUCCUUUUUUGUUUCUGGUGACAGACAAGAAUCUGAAAAUGUGGAAUGAACUCCGGGGAACAUCAGCAAAGCAAAGCGAAGUGAUUUCGGUUUUCGUGCAUUUGUUUGCUUUGUUUUCUUAGUUUUAUUUUCAUUAUUUUGGAAUUGUAUUGGAUGAAACUACACAGAUUUGUGUAAUUUCUUGGCGGUAGUGCCAUUGCUGCAAAACUGUGAAAAUGAGAGGCUCUCUGGCGAUGAAGAUGGUCCUUCUCAGCCUCCUGCUCUCACUGCUGGUCCACUGUUCUGCUUCAUACCCCUUGUGCACUGAUUUGAGAGCACCUUUCAAUGCUGAUAAUGCCGGUCUCGCCUUUUGCCGAUACAACGGCAGUAUUUGCUGCAAUUCCUCUCAGGAUUUACAGCUGCAGAAGCAAUUCAAAGCGAUGAACGUCUCAGACCCUGGUUGUGCUUCUCUUCUAAAGUCGGUUCUUUGCGCGAGAUGUGAUCCAUUCUCGGGCGAACUGUAUCAAGUCGAACAAGCACCUCGUGCAGUUCCUGUUCUCUGCAAUUCUUCAGUUUCCGCGAAUUCCACCCGGUCCCAACUCUACAUACUUGAUUUCUGCUCGAAUCUCUGGGACAAGUGCCACAACACAUCCAUAUUAAAUUCUCCUUUUGCUUUUGAAAGUAAAGCCAAAACAACAGCCGGUUUUGGAAGCAGGAUAUCCGAUUCAUGGAGUUCAGCAGCAGAGUUUUGCAAUGAAUUCGGCGGAGCUUCUGAUAAUACCUCAGUGUGCUUCUCCGGUGGACCGGUCAAAUUAGCAGGUGCCGAGAAUUCAAGCACCCCGAGUGGUGUUUGCCUCGAGAAACUCGGGAACGGUUCCUACCUCAAUAUGGUAGCUCAUUCUGAUGGUUCAAAUCGCGUGUUCUUAUCCAAUCAACCCGGAAAAAUAUGGCUCGCGACAAUCCCCAAGCAGGGUUCAGGAGAGAUACUUGGAAUUAAUGAGUCAAGCCCCUUCUUGGAUCUGACCGAUGAAGUACAUUUUGAGAGUGAGCUUGGGAUGAUGGGACUGGCAUUGCAUCCGAAUUACCAAAAUAACGGCCGGUUCUUUGUUUCCUUCAACUGUGAUAAGGUCAAGUGGCCUGAAUGUUCCGGUAGGUGUUCAUGCAACUCGGACGUGGGAUGCGAUCCUUCGAAGAUAGGACCGGACAAUGGGGCAAACCCUUGCCAAUAUCACAGUGUCAUAUCAGAGUUCACCACCAAUCAGUCUUCACCGAGCGGCACUGUCAUUCCAAAGGAAGUGAGGAGAAUAUUCACAAUGGGCCUCCCGUUCAGUGCUCAUCACGGCGGUCAAAUUCUUUUUGGACCGAAAGAUGGGUACUUGUACUUCAUGAUGGGCGACGGAGGGAGUAUCGGCGGAGGGAGUAUCGCCGGAGGGAGUAUCGGCGAUCCCUACAACUUCUCUCAGAACAGAAAAUCCUUGCUUGGAAAGAUUAUGAGGCUUGAUGUUGAUAACUUACCAAAUUCGACAAUGAUUAGUAAAUCUGGGCUGUGGGGAAAUUAUUCUGUUCCUGAAGACAAUCCGUUUUCCGUAGAUAAGGAAUUAGCUAGCGAAAUUUGGGCCUUGGGAUUCAGGAAUCCUUGGCGAUGCAGCUUUGACUUGGAAAGGCCUUCGUACUUUCUCUGCGCAGAUGUUGGCCAGGAUCUGUAUGAAGAGGUGAACAUAGUCACUAAAGGUGGAAACUAUGGAUGGCGUGUCUACGAGGGCCCGAUCCUGUAUCAUCCCCCACAAAACCCCGGCGGUAAUACAUCUGCUAGCUCCAUCAAGCCUAUCUUCCCUGUGAUGGGAUAUAAUCACUCCCAGCUCCAGAAUCCCCAAGGUUCUGCAUCGAUCACCGGAGGCUACUUUUAUCGGUCCAUGGUAGAUCCGUGCUUGUAUGGAAGAUACAUGUAUGCGGAUCUGUACGGCAGUGGCGGCAUCUGGGUGGGCACAGAGAAUCCUGAGAACAGCGGCAACUUCACCAGCGCUCAAGUCCCUUACGGUUGCGCAAAGGACUCUCCCAUACAGUGCGGUGCUGAGGAUGAGUCGUUGCCUGCUCUAGGCGCGAUAUUCUCUUUCGGCCAGGACAAUAGUAAGGACACUUUCGUAUUGACAAGCAGCGGAUUGUAUAGAAUCGUGAGUCCUAGUCGGUGCAACUUUGCUUGCUCCAAAGAAACGGUGACCCCUCGUAGUCCUCCAGCGUCCAACCCUCCUCCUCCUCCUCCGUCCACUUCAAUGGCGAUGCCAUGGAGGCACCGAGGGCCAGGGUUCUCACUUCUCAGUCCCGUCAUUUCUUACAUAUUCUUGUUCGGUAUGUGCUGCAAUUUGUAACCGGGAAAUUCCUGCUGUCAGAUUGCGAAAAGCAUGUUACUCGCUAGCUUCAUCACAUCGCUGUAACGAGUAGGAACACGAGAGCGAGAAACGGUGACUUUGUAUCCGAUCGUCCGCACAAGGAAUGAAGUGAACUGAAUUUGCAGCA